AUGUUGAUUACCGAGACCUUUCAUGAUGUGCAAACAUCGUACGGCACCACCUUGCGUGUGUACGUGUACUCCCCCAAGAUUGCAGGCUAUCCGCAGGCUAAGUUUCCUGGUGUGAUCCUGUACAGUGAGAUUUAUCAAGUGACGGGCCCUGUUCGUCGUUUUGGCCAGAGAAUUGCGUCCGAAGGCUACGUGGUGGUGGCACCGGCCAUUUACCACAACUUCAUGGGUCCUGAAGCAUUGCCCUACGACGUGCAGGGCACCGAUGUCGGUAACGAGUACAAGAUUAAGAAGCCGUUGGAGUCGUACGACGAGGAUAACAAACUGUGUUGCGACCUGCUUUUCCAACUACCGCAGUUUGAUGGGAAGAAAGUCGGAUCGACGGGGAUGUGUCUAGGUGGCCAUUUGGCAUUCAGGGCGCUCUUGGACAAGAGGGUCAGCUGUGCGACGUGUUUCUUCCCAACGGAUAUCCACUCCAGAACCUUGGGUCUCGGCCAGAAUGACAACACCCUGGAACGUGUCUCGAAGGAGUUGAGGAACACUCAGGAGAUGGUCUUGAUCUUCGGGACGUCGGACACUCACGUCGACCCGGAGGGCCGUGACCUGAUCAGAAAGACCCUCAGAGACCACGGCGUGCACUUUACGUUCUUGGAAGUCCUGGCCGCCCAGCAUGCGUUCAUCCGUGACGAGUUCAGCAAGGGCAGAUUUGACUCCGCCAUCACUCAAAGCUGUCUCGGGUUUCUAUUCGAGCAGUUCAACAGGAAGUUGAGAACCGAUUUGGGCGAAUUUGUCGACGACAACACCCCACUGGAACAUGUUUGUUAA